AUGCGCCUUGAAAAUCUAUCUUCUGCUGGUGCCUACGAGUUGGGUGGCACGAGUCUGGUUGUUGGAGCGCAGCACUUUCUUGGUGCACUUCUUUGCCUCCCCGAGGUUACCCGAAAUGUCAGCAAUGACUGGUCCGCUGCGCUGAUACGGCAUGCGGCGUUGCUUGCUGCGGCUCUCGGCCUGGCGCAGGUUGUCGCUGCCGUACGCCAGCACAUGGCAGAGGAUGGGCCAAAGCAUAUGCCCCUUUCUCUGGUAGCUUUUCUGGUUGGGCUGCACGCAAUCAGCAUUUUGAACUGCGUGCCGAUGAACCUGCAUUACUCCACUGAGUACGCUUACGUCCUGAUGGUCUUCGCGAUGCACCUCUCGGGCUUUGCAGCGAACUUCCUCAGCCCAGUCGCAUGGGCACUCGACGACUCCUACCUUCCACACUUGCCGGUACUCUGGCUGAUUGGCACCGUGGACGCGGCCAUCGCCGUGGUGCGGGGGCCGCUUCUGUUCUACAGCCUCGUGCUGCUGAAGCGGCUGUGGUUUCUUGAUCGCGCUUGGCUCCUUCUGUUGACGGGCACUGUGGGGACCAUCCUUACCGUCCCGGUGUCCAUUCUGCUUCUGACAGCCUCGCUUACCAGAUUUAGAAAACUGAUGGGCCGUGCGCAGAUCAAGGACGAUUAG